AACCUGAAGGCAGAUCCAGAGGAGCUGUUCACUAAGUUGGAGAGGAUAGGUAAAGGCUCGUUUGGUGAGGUGUUUAAAGGAAUAGACAAGAGGACUCAGAAGGUGGUGGCCGUUAAGAUCAUUGACCUGGAGGAGGCUGAGGAUGAGAUGGAGGACAUCCAGCAGGAGAUCACUGUGUUGAGUCAGUGUGACAGCCCCUUCAUCACCAAGUACUAUGGAUCCUACCUGAAGGAGGCCAAGCUGUGGAUCAUUAUGGAGUAUCUCGGAGGAGGCUCAGCGUUAGAUAUGUUGGAGCCGGGGUUGCUGGAUGAGACUCAGAUCGCUACCAUCCUCAGAGAGAUUCUGAAGGGUCUGGAAUACCUCCACUCAGAGAAGAAGAUACACAGAGAUAUCAAAGCUGCCAACGUUCUGCUGUCGGACCGUGGGGAGGUGAAGCUGGCAGACUUCGGGGUGGCGGGACAGCUAACAGACACCCAGCUCAAACGCAGCACCUUCGUUGGCACGCCCUUCUGGAUGGCUCCUGAGGUCAUCAAGCAGUCAGCCUACGACUGUAAGGCAGACAUCUGGUCCCUGGGUAUAACGUGUAUAGAGCUGGCUAAAGGAGAACCCCCACACUCUGAGCUACAUCCUAUGAAAGUGCUGUUCCUUAUUCCAAAGAACACCCCUCCUACCCUGGAGGGGAACUACAGCAAGCCCCUGAAGGAGUUUGUGGAGGCCUGCCUGAACAAGGAGCCAAGCUUCAGGCCCACUGCCAAAGAGCUGUUGAAACACAAGCUGAUUGUGCGUCACGCCAAGAAGACGUCGUACCUGACAGAGCUGGUGGAUAAAUACAGGAGGUGGAAGGCUGAGCAGACCAGACAGCAGGCAGAGUCCAGCUCAGACGAGUCUGACUCGGAGCAGGAUGGGCAAGCGUCGGGCGGGAACAACUUUGGGAGUGAUGACUGGAUCUUCACCAUCAGAGAGAAGGAUCCUAAGAAAGUCCAGAACGGAGGAGAGGGACAGGAAGUGGAGAGCGGAGACAUUUCAAGGAGGCCGUAUUCCACCAGCCUGUCCACCAUCAUCUCUCCUUCUCUGGCCGAAUUGAAGCAGCGUCAGGAGGCAGUGAAUGGGAACCCGAUGGCUCUGGAUGAAUUGAGAGAAGCGAUUCUCCUAGCAGAGGAGGCCUACCCUGGGAUCUCUGACUCCCUGGUCACACAGCUGGUUAACAGACUGCAGAGAUUUUCUUCAGGCAGGAAGUCUUCGUGCUCUUCUCCCUAGUGAUUGGCUCUCUGCCCCAGCCCGCCUCUCCCAGGCCCCGCCCCCUGUCUGUGGUCCAGUCAGAGGCUAGAGGUCAGCCUGGACAACACCACAUAUUCCCGCCGGAGAACACUGAACACACCAGACGCUUGGUGAUCAACUCCAAGGCCUCUUUGAGUAGCUUGAUAAACCUGUGGAGUUAACACUGCUGGAGAAUUAACCCAAGAGCAAGGAGGAGAACCCAUCAGUAUGGACCCAUCAGUAUGGACCCAUCAGUAUGGACCCAUCAGUAUGGACCCAGUCUGACUGGAACCAGAGGAGGACCCAUCAGUAUGGACCCAGUCUGACUGGAACCAGAGGACCCAUCAGUAUGGACCCAGUCUGACUGGAACCAGAGGACCCAUCAGUAUGGACCUAGUCUGACUGGAACCAGAGGACCCAUCAGUAUGGACUCAGUCUGACUGGAACCAGAGGAGAACCCAUCAGUAUGGACCCAGUCUGACUGGAACCAGAGGACCCAUCAGUAUGGACCCAGUCUGACUGGAACCAGAGGACCCAUCAGUAUGGACCCAGUCUGACUGGAACCAGAGGACCCAUCAGUAUGGACCCAGUCUGACUGGAACCAGAGGAGGACCCAUCUGUAUGGACCCAGUCUGACUGGAACCAGAGGAGAACCCAUCAGUAUGGACCCAGUCUGACUGGAACCAGAGGAGAACCCAUCAGUAUGGACCCAGUCUGACUGGAACCAGAGGAGGACCCAUCUGUAUGGACCCAGUCUGACUGGAACCAGAGGAGAACCCAUCAGUAUGGACCCAGUCUGACUGGAACCAGAGGAGGACCCAUCAGUAUGGACCCAGUCUGACUGGAACCAGAGGAGAACCCAUCAGUAUGGACCCAUCAGUAUGGACCCAGUCUGACUGGAACCAGAGGUCCCAUCAGUAUGGACCCAGUCUGUCUGGUACCAGAGGAGGACCCAUCAGUAUGGACCCAGUCUGACUGGAACCAGAGGACCCAUCAGUAUGGACCCAGUCUGACUGGAACCAGAGGAGGACCCAUCAGUAUGGACCCAGUCUGACUGGUACCAGAGGAGAACCCUCUGUGGGCUGUCUGCUCCUCUCUUUAUGAACCUCAGGUGAAGUGCUUUAGAUGGAUGGCUCCUCCGACCCACUGGGGGCGCUGUGCUCUGUGGGAUUUAUUUGUAUACAAAGCAACCUGUAUAUAUGUUCAGCUGUCUCUGAUGUUGCAGACAUCAGUCACUGUGUACAAACGGUCAUGAUGUGCUUUUGUAGAUAAUGUUGAAGGUAAAUAUUUAAGAUUGAAGUCACUCUAAUGAACAAAA